AAAAUCACAAAACGAGGGAAAUGGAAGAUUGGACCAACUAUCAUCAGGCACAGCCGGCGGAAAGUGUCGACUGGGCCCAGCUGGCCCAACAAUGGAUGGCGAUGCGCGACACAGACGAUCGUCGAGCCGGAAAUUCACACGAUUUCGCUCAAAAUCAUCAGCUCCCGUGGCAUCAGCCACGUCAUCCGGGCCCUCCGGCUCAUCAGGAUUGGGGCGAUUGGUCCGCGAAUCGGGACGAGCAGUGGAGAGGGCCGCCUGGGCCUUCUGGGCCGUCCGGGCCCCCCGUAUAUCAUAAUCAAGGCCCGCCUCGUGGAUAUCCACCACCACCGCCACAGGGAGCAGACACGUGGCGUGGAGCUCCUCCACCAGCUCACCACGGACACUUUGGACCGCCUGGACAUCAUUUCCAAGGCCCACCACAACAUUUUCCGCCAGGGCCACCAAGGCCGCACUUUCCAGGCCCCCCAGGCCCACAUAGACCUCCAGAGCACUACCCAGGGCCUCCAAGACCUCAGGCUCCAGCGGCACCACCACCGAAAAGCCUAUUCCCGUCGGCCCAAAAGCCUAAGCCACUUUUUGCGGCGGCUUCAAGUGCUCCAAGCUUCUUCGGAGCACCUCAACGUCCACCACCGCAGCUGCACUUUUUCCAGGAGAGCCCCUCGGUCCAGCACGAUUUUCAGCAGCCCGAUUUCCAGCCCGAUUUCCAGCCCGAAAACUACCAAAAUUCCCCGGAACCCCCGGCCCAAGCUGGCCCGAAAGGUGUGCCUCCACCGGCUCCACUAAUGGCUUCAGGGCCCACAAACCCGUAUGCAAUGAACAAAGAGGCCCGGAAAAAACUGCCGGCCUGGAUCCUGGAAGGCCUUGAAAAGGCCGAACGGGAGAAGCAAAAGCAGUGGGAAAAAGAGGAAAAGCUGAAGAAAGCGGAAGAAGAAAAAGCCCGGCGAAGAGCCGAAGCUGGAAAGAGCAAAUUUGACUCUUCGUCGGAUGAAGAGAGCCCGGAAAAUGAGAAAUUUCCUGUUGGUAAUGGAAAAUCUGAAUAUCAGGAAGAUGAUAAUGAUUCGGAAGACGAUUUGGAGGAGAGACGAGAGCAAUUUAUACGCUGUGUGAAAACUCUAAUGAUGAACGUGCUCCUCGAGUCUUCGAAUGACGUCAUCAUGCGUAUAAUACAAGAAGAGCUCCGUGAGCACGAAAAACUUCAAUUUGAACGGAAAAAAUUGGCAACUGCGCCGAAAAUCAUCGGCAACAGCUCAGCGUUGGCGGCUCUCGCGGCUUUUGGAGACGGUGAGGAUAGUGACAACAGCAGUGACGAUGGAGUUGGCGACGACAUGGAGCCACGGCAGGAGAGCAGUGGCUCGGCGGAGCUAAAUGGAGCAUCAGGGGCAGCAGAAGCAGGAACACCAGAAGCUGGUGGUGGAGAGUUCAAGGCUCCCGUGGGUAUCCCUCGAAAGUUUAGUGUUAAGACAGAUGAUGUCAAACCAUCAGUUAAUGAUGAUGGUGAAGGUGUUGAUGAUUUACACGUUCCAGAUUCAAAAAACGGCGAUAAUAAAAAAUCGGAAAAAUCGUCGUCGGAAAAGAAGAGAGAACGAGAGAUGAGAGACGAUGAGAAGGAGAGAAAAUCGAGUAAAAAGAGCAAAAAACGAUCGAAAAGUCGUGAAAAAGAGCAAUCUUCAUCACGACAUAAUCACCGAUCGAGAAGCCGAUCUUCGGAACGGGAUCGCCGUCGAAAACGGUCGAGAAGUUCGGAACGUCGGAGGGAUCGGGGGGACAGGGAUCGGCAUAGUCGACGUUGAUUUUUAUUGAUUUUAACGAUAAAUUAUUGAUUUUUCCGAUUUUUACCGCCGAUUUUUUCCACCAAUUUCUUGCUCCAAAUUCUCAUUGUUCAAAGCCGCCCGUUUUUCUGGAAAACUCCCAAAAAAUUAUUUUUUUGUAUUACCUAUGAUGACAUUUUCCCAUUGAUUUUUUUUUGCUUAAUGUAUUUUGAAGUUUUGUUUUUUCGUUUUUGGUUUCAGCAUAUUUCAGAAUCGCACAAUAAAUUCUAAUUUCGC